AAUGGAUACAGAAAAAGGGAGAGCUGUUUGGUUACCUCGAGCAAUCGAGGGAGGGUGAAAUCCAUGCAAAUGGAGCUGCAAUUGGUGCGGCAGCUGAUUUCCUUCUCCGUCUUGUUAUCGUCGUCUUCGUUUUGAGUUCGAUGUUGAUGAUUAAGAUCGGAGUGAAAUGCGAGAUCUCGCUUUGGUUUUGAUGAUUCUCGAGUUUAUGAGAUUUUAUCGGUUUAGCCACUCGUCGAAGAUCGAGCAUUGAGGAAAUGUUAAUUAAAUUAUAGUUAUUUUGGAAGUAAGAGUAUAAAAUCACGCUUUCAAAUAUGCAUUUCGCGAAGCUCGAUGACUCUCCUAUGUUCCGGAAGCAGAUACAGUGCUUGGAGGAAAGUGCUGAAUCAUUGAGGGAGAGAAGUUUAAAGUUUUCGAAAGGAUGCCGAAAAUACACUGAAGGACUUGGGGAGGCAUAUGAUGGGGACAUUGCAUUUGCCAGUGCUCUGGAAACCUUUGGUGGUGGGCAUAAUGAUCCUAUUAGUGUGGCUUUUGGAGGCCCUGUAAUGACCAAAUUUACCAUUGCAUUGAGAGAAAUUGGAACGUACAAGGAAGUUCUUCGAUCUCAGGUUGAGCAUUUACUUAAUGAGAGAUUACUACGGUUCGUCAAUUAUGAUCUGCAUGAGGUCAAGGAAGCACGGAAGCGUUUUGACAAGGCUAGCCUAUUAUAUGACCAGGCUCGUGAAAAGUUUCUUUCUCUAAGGAAAGGCACUAAGAGUGAUGUAGCCACUGCUUUAGAGGAGGAGCUUCAUAAUGCAAGGUCUACAUUUGAGCAAGCUCGUUUUAAUCUGGUUACUGCUCUUUCUACUGUAGAAGCAAAAAAGAGAUUUGAAUUUCUGGAAGCUGUUAGUGGGACAAUGGAUGCACAUCUUCGUUAUUUUAAACAGGGCUAUGAGUUGUUGCAUCAAAUGGAGCCAUAUAUUAAUCAGGUAUUAACUUAUGCACAACAAUCAAGGGAAAGGUCCAAUUAUGAGCAGGCAGCUCUUAGUGAGAGGAUGCAAGAGUACAAAAGACAAGUUGAUCGAGAGAGUAGAUGGUCUUCCAAUGGUUCUAAUGGAUCUCCAAAUGGAGAUGGUAUACAAGCCAUUGGCAGAAGUUCACAUAAAAUGAUAGAGGCAGUGAUGCAAUCUGCUGCAAAGGGAAAGGUUCAAACAAUUCGACAAGGUUAUCUCUCAAAGCGUUCUUCAAAUUUGAGGGGUGAUUGGAAAAGAAGGUUUUUUGUUCUUGAUAGCCAAGGAAGGCUUUAUUACUAUAGGAAGCAGUGUAGCAAACCAUCUGGGUCUGGCAGUCAACUUUCCAGUCAGAGGAAUAGUUCUGAGCUUGGUUCUGGACUUCUGAGUCGAUGGCGUUCUUCUCAUUAUCAUGGUGGAGUGCAUGAUGAGAAAUCUGUUGCUCGUCAUACUGUGAACCUGCUUACAUCUACAAUCAAAGUUGAUGCUGACCAGUCAGACCUGAGAUUUUGCUUCAGGAUCAUUUCACCAACGAAGAACUAUACUUUGCAGGCAGAGAGUGCACUUGAUCAAAUGGACUGGAUUGAAAAGAUAACAGGAGUUAUUGCUUCAUUACUUAGCUCCCAGGCUCCUGAUAGGUGUCUACCUGCUAGUCCAAUGGGAAACAGCCACCAUCGUUCUGCCAGUGAGAGUAGUUCAUUUGAAAGUUCUGACUUUGACCAUACUGCAGUUGAAGAACUUACAUCUGAGAGGAGCCUUGCUACUGCACAUCUUGAACGCCCAUUGAGAAGUUCACAACAGCAACGCUCUUGUGUUAAAAGUGAGAAGCCAAUCGAUAUGUUACGAAGGGUAUGUGGGAAUGAUAAGUGUGCUGACUGUGGUGCCCCUGAGCCAGAUUGGGCGUCAUUAAAUCUUGGUGUGCUUGUUUGCAUUGAAUGCUCUGGAGUUCAUCGUAAUCUUGGUGUACAUAUAUCGAAGGUAAGGUCUCUUACUUUGGAUGUUAAAGUGUGGGAGCCUUCUGUUAUAAGUUUGUUUCAGUCUCUGGGUAAUACGUUUGCCAACUCUGUCUGGGAGGAGCUAUUGCAAUCAAGGAGUUCUUUCCAGGUUGAUCUCGUCCCAACAGGGCCAUACAAGUCUGAUAAGGCACAGCUGAUCUUCAUCAGCAAACCCAGUCAUUCUGAUUCUAUAUCAGUGAAGGAGAAAUUUAUUCAUGCAAAGUAUGCAGAAAAGCUUUUUGUCCGCAGACCGAAAGACAGACAAUAUCCUCAUAUGAUGGCACAACAGAUUUGGGAGGGUGUACGUAUGAGUGAUAAGAAAGCAGUAUACCGGCACAUUGUCAGUUCUGAGCCAGAUUUGAAUGCUGUGUACGAGCAAGCAUCUUGCGGCUCUUCUUUAACCCUUGCGAAAGUAAUGCUAUUACCUGAGCAGAUAAGCCUUGAGCACAGUAGUAGCUGCUUAACAGGGGAUUCAUUGGACAGGUCUUCUACAACCUCUUUAAACUUGAGUGAAGGCCAGGCGUUGGAGGACCUAGAUGGAUGUACUCUGCUUCACCUUGCUUGUGAAACUGCAGAUAUUGCCAUGCUUGAACUCCUCUUACAGUAUAGUGCAAAUAUUAAUGCUAUUGAUUCAAGAGGACAAACACCACUCCACCGUUGUAUUUUGAAAGGCAAAACCACAUUUGUGAAGUUGCUUCUUACAAGGGGAGCUGAUCCACGAGCGGUAAAUGGGGAAGGAAAAACAACGCUUGAGCUUGCAAUAGAAUCAAACUUUGAUGAUGCUGAUGUCCUUGCUCUAUUAGCAGACGCAAAUGGAUAACACAUCCCACAAGAAAUCCCUGAAUGGCUAACUAUUUUGAAGCUGGUUUUAUCUUGAGAAGAAUAUACAAAGGUAUUGUAUUUGUAUAACUAUAUAUUCAUUAAGUAUGAGUGCUGGUGCUCUAUAGAAGAGAAUGUCAAACACGUAUUUGUUGGGUCUGGAGGAGAGUGGUAGGUUGGCGUGCCUGCCCCACGGGGGCACUAAAAUUGCUCCCCAGGGUUGUAAUUUACUUCUAUUGGUUCCGCUGGUUAAAGUCAAGGAGCACCACAAAGCUUUUUAUAGUCGAGGGGAUGUAAUGUGUUAAGUUCAUUCAGUUUGUCUGCUUCCAUUUCUUGAGAAGCUUUGAGGAUUUAGAUUAGUUCAUAGUGUAUUUUGUACAUUGAUUUCCUUUAGUGAAGCUUUGCUGUGGCUGUAUCUUUUUGGAUGCUGGAAAUUUUAUUUUAUUUUAUUUUUUAUGUAA